CGGGCGGAGGUCGUGGGGAUCGUGAAGAAGGAGCAGCGACGCACCUUCCUCGACGCCUCGGAGGUUCGCCCUCUGGCCGCAGCGGCGGACGAGGCUUCUGGGUCUGACUCGUCCGAGGAGGAGGCAGACGAGGUGACUCGCGAGGUGUGGCGCCGGGUUGAGGUCGUGUUGCGAGAGCACUGCCUCUCGGCGCUCGCAAUGGCGGCGUCGAGAAAGUGGGUGCGUGAGAUGGCCGACCCCUCCAACGACACGCUUGCGCGGCUGCGCUCGUGGAUGCUGCUCCGCAUCAACGGCAGGGAGAGGCCGGUGUCGCCUCCCUCGCCAUGGCAGUCAGGCUGCCCCGAGCUGCUGACGGGAUUGCGGGCGCGGCCGGUGUGGGAGACUGCGGAGCUGCCUUGGCUCCGACCCUUCGAGGAGAGAGCGGGCGAGAUUCGCGCAGAGCUGCUCGCCCUCCGUUCGUGCCGUGGCUUCCAGCCGCUCAAGAUCCCCAACUGGGCCUCGUCGGGCAAGGUCGCGUCGCCCGACGGGGCCGGCUCACUCUCGCACGACGCGGGCGAGUGGAACGUGUUUUACCUCUCGCUGCACGAGCUGCCCUUCGCAGACAACCGCGCGCGCUGCCCCGUCACCGUCUCGCUCCUCGCAGCGCUGCCGCGGCCGUACGACCACGCUUUCUUCUCGGCGCUCACGCCCGGCACGCACGUCGUCAAGCACCACGGCCCCACAAACAAGAAGCUGCGCGUGCACCUGCCCCUCGUUGGAGUGGAAGGCUCCCGGCUUCGCGUCGCCGACCGCACGUACGAGUGCGUGGAGGGGCGGUGCUUUGCCUUCGACGACUCCUUCGAGCACGAGGCGUGGCACGACGGCGACCGCACGCGCAUCGUGCUCGUCUUCGACGUCUGGCACCCCGAUUUGCACGACCGCGAAGUGCAGUUCCUCUCGCUGCUGCAGCGCUCGCGCCUGCGUGCAGAGAUGAAGCGCGCGGAGGCGGCGGCCGAGCGCGCCGCGCGAGGGUGCGCGGUUGCGAACGCCUCGCUCGUGGCGAGGGAAGGGGGCGGGCGCGAGGAGGAAAGCGCGCCGUUGGCGCGGGGCGACAACUUUUUUCAGCUGCUGCGCGACGCGAAGAACGCCUUGCCUGACAACGAGUGGUGGGUGUGA